AUGUCGACUGCUUCCAACCCCGCUACUUACAAAUUUAACCACACCAUGUUCCGUAUCAAGGCGAGUCUUGCCUUAUCAACCGACCCCAAGGAGUCCUUGGCCUUUUACGAGAACGUGCUCGGUAUGAAGAAAUUCUACGAGUCUCCCGGCGGUGACUUUACCAACUACUUCCUCGCCUUCCCUAACGGCUUUGGCGAUAUCGAGCUCACCGACGAGAACGUCAAGGCCCAGAUCUUCAACAGGGAAGGUGUCCUCGAGCUCUGUCACAACUGGGGUACUGAGUCUGACCCCGAGUUUAAGGGUUACGCGAACGGUAACAGCGAGCCCGGACGAGGCUUUGGUCAUAUCUGUGUGACUGUCGACGACUUGGAGGCUGCUUGUAAGAGGUUUGACGACCUUGGUGUCAAAUUCAAGAAGAGGCCCGAGGAGGGCAAGAUGAGGGUGAAUCAUUUUCCAUUCGGGGCUGUAGAACGAGAUGAUGCUGUGGUGUGUGAGGCUUUGCUGCAUGAUGGCGUGGAUCUGUGGGGGUAA